AUGGCACCGUGCAUUCCAAAGAAGUAUACGGCGGGUCAGAACCCAGUCACAAAAUUCGAGGGUGCAUUCGUCGUUACCAAGAUGGACCCCCCGGAAGGAAGAUGCUUCUUAUUCCACACCGUUAUAAACGUCAACCAUCAUCGUGUCAAGGCUCUUGAGAAGUCUGGGAAGAAACCUCCAAAACACUUCCAUCCCAACCAAUACGAAUACUUCAAAGUGAUUUCCGGGCAGCUCACAGUAGAAAUAAACGACGUCGAACACAUCUUGACGCCUGAAGAUGGAGAAGUAACUCUAGAGCCAGGCCCGCAUCACAGACUAUGGGGAACUCCGGGACAAAAGAAUGAUAAGGUCGUUUUCCUUAUUAGUGCCAGUACUAAUGCCAGAAGCUACCAGCUUGAUCAAGCAUUCUUUGAGAAUUGGUAUGGCUAUCAAGAGGAUAUGAUGAUGCGUGGCACUGCCCCUGAUCUAAUUCAAGUCUGCUGUAUGUUCGAGGCUGGUGAUUCAUACCUGUCGCCUCCUUGGUGGGUUCCAUUCAGACAUUUCUUUGGCUAUUGGCUUACAGUCAUUCUUGGAUAUUACAUUGGUAGCUUGCUUGGGUAUCAGCCGUUCUUCCCAGAGUGGACUACAGAUUGGGAUGCCGCUUGCGACAAGAUGGCAAGUUCUCUCUUGCAGAAGAAAUUUGCGAUCAGAGAGCUCCAAGAUGUUGUAAAAAAGAAUUUUGAUGCGAAUGGAGACCCUUUACCCGCCAAGAAGCUCUUGUAG